AUGCGAAGAUUCCACGACGGAAUAACGCUCCUUUGGUUUUUAUGUAUUCUUAAGCUAUUCGUUGCAUCGGUUACGAUAGCAGUAUACUUUUUCAUUGAUUGUGAGCUAGUGGUUGACCAUGAACAUUGGAGUGUAAGUCAGCAGCCUUUUCGCUAUGUUAAUAACCCGCCUUUUCUUUCAGCAUUUGGCAAUUUUUGUUCUGCAAACAGUGUUGCUGUAUACGGCGGUGAAAACGUUUUAUUACUCAAUCAGAUUGUCGUUGAUUUCACUGUUCCCACCAUCAAAUAUUGUGCAUAUUUAUCUGCUUUUCUGUAUGUCCGUAAAAAGCAUUACUGUAUUUUUUGGAAAAUUCUAGAUCUCCUGUUAACAAUCACUUCUCUUCUUGGUAUUUUAUACAGAAAAGAUACUCUGCCAGAAGUGAAAUACCUCGAGAUAUGGUUUGCGGUUUUGCUGACGUUCUGUUUAGUAAAAAUUGCAGAGGGUGCCGCAAGCAAAUGGCAGGUAGGUGAAGAGAAAUGAUGAUUAUAUUCUAUGAUACUUUUAAUUAAGGAUGACUAAACCUUAUCAUCAAAUAUUUCCAUUUAUUUAGAUGAUAAAGCGGAAAUACAACCGUUGACGGACAAAAUAGAGUUCACAAGUUCCGGUUACAAAGAGUUUGUAUAAUGAAUGCUUAUAUGCGAAGCCAGGUCAUCGCAAAUUUCUGAGGUCUCAAGGGAAAUAAUUUCAUCAACGAAACCGUCUAAAACGAACAAAUUUUUUGUACGGUUGCAAUUUUCUUUACAGAGGCUUGAUUUUAGAUUCUUCAUUAUUGUUAGUCUGUCGGAAAAAUAAUGAAAAAAGUACUGUAGGGAUCACUGCGUCCAAAUUCCUCAAAUGCCCGUGACAUUUCUAGCUGAGCCGCUUCAAAGCCUACCUCUCGCUGCAAAACACUCUGGCCAAUGUGGAAAUCACUGACGGCUUUGUUUAUCUGAACUAUCAGUUUUUGUUUGCGAACCGCGCCUUCGGCCGCAAAUAUCGGAACGAUUCGACCCUCGAAUCCACCCUCAUCUACGAAUACGUGCGUCUGCGGCGCUACUCGAACCUCUUACAGCGAAUCGGUUCGACGUCAAGCAUGCCAGCCAAAUUGAUGAUUCAUAACGAUUUGCUGGGAGAGAUAACAAAUCACAUAAAUUUUUUGUUGCUGAAGGACCGCUCUCUGAAGCGGUUCGACCAGUUGACAGAUUAUCAGUUACUGGAAAUGUAA